CUUUACCAGGAAUUGCGUUUAAAUAUGCACCAUUCAUGCGCACAUUUUGCAGUGUUUCAAGAUAGUGAAACAACGGCGUUUUGAAUUUGUAGGGAAGAAAAGCAAUCUAUAAAGUAAAUUAAAUAGAUAAGCUCAAACUCACAAGAAGAAACAUGAAGGCUUUCGAGAGAUUUGCACUUGUUGUCUGUGUUUGUCUUAUUCUGAAUGGAAACGUCGCUUCCGCAGUAAGUGUUUUUAAAAUUAUUGAUCAUAUUGAUUAUUGGCAACGAGUUUUACCUGUAGCAAUUAAUAAAAGUGCGUCACUGUCAAACGGCCACUGAAACACUUGCAGUUUGCACUACGUUUUAAGACUAUAGAGUAUUAUAUAUCUGUCUUCUUAACUUUCGCUUGAAACGUGAAACGUCUAGUAAAUAUAUAGCUAUUAGUUCAUCGAAUUCUAUAAUCAGUUAUGUACUGAUUGAAGAAGCCAUAUGUCAAAGACCUUCGACUGACUGCCUGAAAAAUAUAGUCUACAUUUAACAAUAUACAUAACCCUAAAUGGCCGUGAUUUUUUGUUUGAACUAACCGAAAAAGAGUUGAAAAUAGACUGGCAAUCUGAGGAGUUUCGGCUUCGCGUUCGUUAAAACCGGGGGAUCAAACAAGCCGAGAGAUCACGAUCGCGACAGCCUGCAUGAAAAGUUGGCAUGCAGUCACGCAAUCUUAGCUGUUUUUAAGACUUGCUUUCCCAACCUGUAUUCUAUUUAGUUAAAACAUAUAGUUGAAAGACUUAUCAACCUUUUAUUCAGUUGUUAAUCUAGAGCUUGAAAUGUCCCCUGUGACAAUACGAGACUGCCAACUCUCAUAGUAUGACUCAUGUCAACUCUUAUAUCAACUCUUAUAUCAACUCUUAUAUCCUCGUUUGACCGGGGCUUGUCAAAAAGCACCUGACGCGAUGGCGAAGAAACAUUUUACGCUUUUAGCCUUUGAGACAAUAAAGAAUAUAAAUAAACUAAUUGUCAUUUCAAACAUGUGAUGUGUAAUGAUGUUUUUCACAAAAGAAUAUGAAGCCGGAGUAGUCAACGAGAAUUUUGCAAAGACGUUGCCGUUGCCUCGCCCAAACACGAAGUUUUGAUGAACUGCAUGCGUACUUGUUCACUGCCUGUUCAGUAUGGCUGUUCACGGCCACGGGCGACAACUUUGGCAAAUUAGAAAUUUCAUGUUGCAAGGCAAUAAGAACAAAAUAGAAUGAUUUAGUAUGUUAAAACUAGUGUAAUUUAAAUUUUUUGACUAAGAAAUUAAAAGAAUAUAUAAGUUAACGAAGAAUCAUUGACCAGUGCGUUGCCGCUGACAUUCUCGAAGGGCUUUCGCUCGUAAAGUUCAAGUGUCCCCAUAUUUGAGUGUUUACACUUUCAUUUUAAAUUGUAGUGGUUAGGGGCUAUAAUUGGUGGUGUUGGUGCAGUUGUAGCGGCCCCUGCUGUCUUGACUGCGGCUGGUUUUACUGGGGCUGGCAUAACAGCAGGUUCGCUUGGAGCAUACAUGAUGUCUGCAUUGGCACCGACUGCGGCUGGUGGUGUUGUAGCUACUCUUCAAUCUGUUGGUGCAGCAGGAUUGGGUUAUGCAGGGUCUGCUGUAGUAGGAGCUGUUGGAGCUGCCGUUGGAGCUGCUGCUGACGAGUAAUGGAAAAUUUAUAAACUAAACAUUGAAACUGAUGAUAUUAGUUAUUGUCUUUAUAUUCAUAAAUAAGAAAUCUAGAGAUGUUUUAAAUGUUUUCGUUUUGAAAGUUUUACUAUGUUAUUUUUUGGACUUCUAUUAAACACUUGUAACUUUUGGG